AGCCAUGAAUGUGAUGGGAGGGGCGGACAGAGCAGCAGCAGCAGCAAAUCUGGGGUCCAACAUCCUCUGUGCUGAAGCUUUUCUGCACCUCUCCUGCUUCUAGACCCUCACGAACCUCAACCCUGUCCACGAAUAUUUCCAGGUCUUAUGCACACAACGAUAGGCGGUAGAGCGAAGCUCGGGGGGCACCGCGUUAGUGACGAAAACCACAUUUUGUUUGAUUUUCCCCACUUUGGCCCGGUGUGCCUCAGCAACCAGGAAAAUUGCUUGGUGUAGCUGUAUCGGAGAGAAGGCUCGAGAGGAGGUGAAACUGCGGGACAUGAUGACCGAGAAAGACGCGUCGUCAGAGAAGAUAAUCACAGAUGCAAUGGCUGAUCCUUCUCCAGCAAAGAGCAUGGGCGACCCUGGAAUUACACCUCUCUCUCCUUCACACACUCAGCAGAAUGAUACAGACCAGGUACCGUCAGGGCCGUCCUUUGUGGUCGUAGUUGCCAUUGACUUUGGCACCACAUCCAGCGGUUAUGCUUAUGCCUUUGCUAAGGAACCAGAGUGCAUUCACACCAUGAGGCGUUGGGAGGGUGGGGACCCAGGUGUAUCCAAUCAGAAGACACCGACCACCAUCCUUCUCACUCCAGACAGGAAGUUCCACAGUUUUGGUUAUGCGGCUCGUGACUUCUAUCACGACCUGGACCCCAGCGAAUCCAAACACUGGCUUUACCUUGAAAAAUUCAAAAUGAAGCUCCACACCACUGCAAACCUGUCCAUCAACACUGACCUCCAUGCAGCUAAUGGGAAGCGUGUCAAAGCUCUGGACAUCUUUGCCUAUGCUUUGGCUUUUUUUAAGGAACAAGCACUGAAGGAGCUGAGUGAUCAGACAGGCGGCGAGUUUGACAACAGUGAUGUCAGAUGGGUGAUCACAGUUCCUGCCAUCUGGAAAAUGCCUGCAAAGCAGUUCAUGAGGGAAGCUGCUUACAAGUCUGGUCUGGUUUCCCGGGAAAACCCUGAGCAGCUGAUCAUCGCCUUAGAACCUGAAGCAGCAUCAAUCUAUUGCCGCAAGCUCCGCCUCCACCAGAUGGUGGACCUGGGCACCCAGACCACACAGAAUGGCUUCAGCCCCUCUGACAAUGUGGGCAGUGGGAUGGGCCAAGCAGCUAAGGAGCAUGUACGGCGCAACCGGCAGAGUCGCACGUUUUUGGUGGAAAAUGUCAUAGGGGAGCUUUGGUCGGAGCUGGAAGAAGGUGACCGAUAUGUUGUGGUGGACUGUGGUGGAGGAACAGUUGACCUGACUGUCCAUCAGAUCCGUCUUCCAGAAGGACAUCUGAAAGAGCUCUACAAGGCUUCGGGUGGCCCCUAUGGGUCCAUUGGGAUUGACUAUGAAUUUGAGAAGCUGCUGUGUAAGAUCUUUGGCCAAGAUUUCAUUGACCAAUUUAAGAUAAAGAGGCCAGCUGCGUGGGUGGAUCUGAUGAUUGCAUUUGAGUCUCGAAAGAGAGCUGCAGCCCCUGACAGAACCAAUCCUCUCAAUAUUAACCUGCCCUUCUCCUUCAUUGACUACUACAAGAAGUUCAGAGGCCACAGUGUGGAACAUGCUCUGCGCAAAAGCAAUGUGGACUUUGUUAAGUGGUCAUCUCAGGGGAUGCUGCGGAUGAGUCCAGAUGCUAUGAACUCCCUCUUUAAGCCCACCAUAGACCACAUCAUCCAACAUCUCACUGAGCUCUUCGAGAAGCCAGAAGUCAGUGACAUCAAGUUCCUGUUUUUAGUGGGAGGUUUUGCCGAGUCUCCCUUGCUGCAGCAAGCUGUCCAGAACAUGCUUCAGGGGCGCAGCCGCAUUAUCAUCCCCCAUGACGUUGGCCUAACCAUCCUGAAAGGCGCUGUUCUGUUUGGCCUGGACCCCAGUGUGAUUAAAGUCCGCCGCUCGCCGCUCACAUACGGGGUUGGUGUCCUCAAUCGUUUUGUGGAGGGGAAGCACCCACCGGAGAAGCUGCUAGUUAAAGAUGGAACACGCUGGUGCACGGACGUCUUCGACACCUUCAUAGCUGCGGACCAGUCUGUGGCGCUUGGCGAGAUGGUCAAGCGGAGCUACACGCCAGCUAAACCUUCCCAGCAGGUUAUUGUCAUCCAUGUUUACUGCUCUGAGAAGGAGAAUGUGGGCUUCAUCAGCGAGCCCGGUGUCAGGAAGUGUGGGACACUGCGCUUAGACGUGAGCGGAACAGAAAGUACAGCGGCACGCCGAGAGAUCCAGACGCUCAUGCAGUUCGGCGACACGGAGAUCCGAGCCAUGGCAGUGGACGUGUCUACCGGACGCACUGUCAAAGCUAGUAUUGAUUUCCUAAGCCAUUAAGUAUCAAAAGAGAAGUCAUGCUCCAGUCUGGAGCUGUGGAGACGGACGCUAACAGCUUACACAUACAUACAAACACAUACCUGUAGGGGCGUGUACUGGGAAGGUUCAGUCACUCUUCAUUUAAGCACUAAAGUGAUGAUGUGUGCAACCUUAACUUAAACUCAGACAUUCAGCUUUAGAAUCCGCGUUUCAUCGAGGUAAGAAGAGAGGCGCUAAUGAGAGCUUAGUAUGUUUUAAGUUCGUCACUUCACCACAUCUGUCAAGUUUCGUGGAUAAGCAGCUUUCUAGUGGUCACUCCCUCCAAGGAAACCCCUGAACCCAGUGAUGAGGCUUAAAAGCUCCUGACAGAAGCUUCUUCAUGCUUUAAUCUAUGUUAUGCAGAUCUACUGCCUCUGGCACAGAGAGGAACACACACGGUGAAUUCAUCUUUGUUUGUUGUUUUUCUGUUCUGAGGGUAUGAAAAGGUCAGUAUACAUCCUCAGAAGAGCUACACAAAAAUAUCUUAAUGUUCUUCUAUAUAAACUCGUGUCAUGUCAGUAGUUCUGCAACAUUCAGCCCUUUGAAUGGUUCCCUCGAGGGCAAAACACACAAUUUUCCUUAUAUAUGGCCAGUCUGCCAACUGGACAACUUGCAGUCAUCUUCCAUUUAUGAGAUUACAAGCUUAAAAAUAACUAGCAUUACUAUGUAAAAAUGUUCAGCUAUGGAGGAUUGAUGCAAAGUGUUAAUGCUGUGACAUCUUUGGGUAGCUGCUAAAAGUGAAACAACGGUGACUCGCUAUCAUUUACCAAAACUAAAUGUAAAAAUAUACACUAUAUCAUUCUUAAUAGGUUGAGGACGCACGCAAAAAUAUUAAUUUGAGUCAUUUUGCUCAUUUUCCAUUAAUGGGAGAUGUGUGAGUAGUUCAUAUUUUUAGAUUGAAUUUAGCUUCCAGCAUGGGGCUGACUCUCACAGUCAGGUUCAUUUAAAACAGUUUCACAUUGAUUUCAUUAUUACAAUCUAUGAAAAACAUGUUUCACAUCCUGCAUAGACAUUCAAUACUUACAUACAUAAGAGAUCAUAUUUGUGCUUCGCCUGUAGCAACAUACUUCAUGUUUACAGCCUCAUGUAUGUAGGGUUUGGUGCAGAAAUAUGGGUUUUUACUCAACCGAGGUUGCUGAUUUUUUCAACUUUUAUUAGCCUUUGCCCACCGCUGGAGAGGAAAGCUUCUUCUACCAGGGAAAACAUGCUGUCCUCUUCAUGCUUUGGUUUCAUGAUCAAGCCUUUAGACCCAGUAUUACACAGACAAAGGGAACCCACGUAAAGGCUGAAGGUGUGGUGAUUCUAUUGCAACUACAUUUAGAGUAGUAUAUUUAUAAAGUAUAUAGCCACUUUAACCAUUAGGCUGAAUCAUGCAAAAGCACCAGCUUGGCCCUUUGAUGUAAUCCAGUGUUAUAUCUGAUUCCAGUAAUGUGAAAUGUGCUGCAAGCUCAAUCCUAAAGAAAGAACAACCAUCAAUGUGCUUAACUGUGGCCUUUAUUAGUUUUUGCUUCUGAUUAUCAGCUGUGGAAAGAGGACGCCCACUCGACCUCUUUGAUUGCACGUAUAAGGUGCAACAGGCCAGUUGAGGCAAACAACAGUGUAUUUAUUUCUGUAAAUACAGUAUUUAAAUAUUGUACAGAUUUUUAGCAUUGUAUGAGCAAUUUCAAAGCCAAGAGUGCAUAUGUCUGUGUUUUUGUGUACGUGCACAUGAAGGAGAGAAGAAAGCUCGUGUUCUGUCACACAGACAUCCUCAACAUUUCUGUCUCACCAGCCAUAGCGUGAGAGUUAGGGGCUUUGUUGUGUUCCUUCAAAGACUGGACGCGUCACCUUACUGUUACUUUGCAAUCACAAAAAAAAACUUGAAUACCUUUGUCCUUAAAAAUAUGACAGAUCGUCAUUCAGAUUGUCUUCAUUAAAGUGUGAGGCACAGUCACCAAUAAUCAUACAGGUAAAAUCUCCAGAUUAUUAUACAAAAAAGUCUCAAUCAUGAUAGUGCCUAGCAUGAAUAAAUGUGAUGUUCAAAUUCUGUCACCACCAAGAACAUAAGGUGCUUACUUUCACCUGCAACUCGGUUCAUAAAGACAUCCGUUUGUCCCUGCAAUGGAGGAAGAUCCAUAUUUGAAUAAGCAGAAAAUGAUCGAAUUGGAAUGUGCAAAACCUGAUUUCAUAGCUUAGCCUGUUUUUGACUUAAGAUUAAUUUGUUGAAACGUCCGUAAGAUUCAAACUUUAACUGUUGGCCUUUCUAGUCUCAGUGUUGCACAGAUGUAGGAGGCAGUCUGCCCUUUAACAGUCGUUGCAUUAGGGCCACAUUAUUGUUUAAAUGUCAUGCUUUGGAAAGUUACAAAUACAUACUUUAAGAAAAACUACAAGUACUUUGAUGUAUACUCAGUAUCCAUCAGCACCCACAGAUGCCAUCAUUAGAGUGGCACCUGUGGAGCACACUGACAGAGUCAGCAGGACGGAGCAAUGAUCUGAGAUUUAGGAGGAAAAACACUCAAACAUUCUAACAUUACAGUCUCAGCUGCAACAAACUCCCUUUAGGUUGUUGGAUUAUAUAAUCACACUUUUUGAAUUUCAUUUUUUCACUGCCAUGGUCCAGAUAUGCAGCAGUUAUGAGUUAUGUAUAAGUCUGAAUUAUUACUGAUUUCCUUUGAUCCUUUGUUUAAACUGUGAAUUAAAGCUGGUCUCGCCUUUCAGUGUAAAUGUACAAAGCUGCACAAGCUUCAGUGCCCUCUGCUGACUUCAGCACUCUUUCUGCGAUGCACGUUUUGCAUGUGUCACAUAGGAAUGGCUGCUAUUACUAAUACACAAAACCACGCUUAACUACUGAUGUUUACUGUGGUAGUGUCCUCUUUUUGAGCUCUGGUGUUUGAGCUCAAACGAUGGCAGCUCAUAACAAACAUUACUGAUAACUGAACUAAUAACCUUUUAUUUUACACGUCUCUGUGUUCACAAAGCAUAAAUGUAAGGCUCUACUAGCACCGUGGUUUUCUUGUUUAACAUUAGAUGAUUGCUAUGUGUUUUGUACACCUUUGAGUGUUAUGUGAUGCACAGGGUACUGUUAUGUAGCAGCUUUUUACCUAAAGCUAUAACAAGAUUAGCAGAAGACAUAUUUAGCUGACUUUAUUCUUGGUGUGUGAAGCAUCAUUUUCGGUCAAUGAGUCAAUGAUUGCAGGUUAUUUGGAUGUGAUUUGAGUAGCACUCUAGUCAGCUUGCGUUGUCUUUAAGCAUCUCCUUAAGACUCUCUAGAAAAUCCAAGAAUUCAGAAGAUUUCACAGCUAAAAUCACAGAGCUUGUAGUAAGGAUCACCUCAGCCACUCUGGAACGCAAAAACUAAGCAAACUUUAUUGUUUAGGCAAAGACAUUUUUAUGUUUAUUAUUUUUCAUGCAGUACUAUGUGUAUUUUGCCAAUGCCAGAUAUUCACUGUCACUAAUAAAAUGUUUAUUUCAAA